GUAGUGCGCGCAAGUGGCGCCGCACGCUCGUUCAACGUUCAAUCAGUCGCGAGGUAUUUGCCGGCCAGACGAGAGAGAUUCGCUUCCGGUAUCUCCGCGCGCGUCUCGUCGUCUCGUUCGCGAAAUAUGUAACUCGCGUCCAUCCCGUAUCUCUCUAUCCGAUUAUCUCACCCCCUUCCGAGGGAAACGACGUAUCCGCGCAGCGCGAAUCUCGAGUCUCGAGCGGCUCGAACUCGACGGCGCUCCUCCUCUCUCUUUCCCUCGGCGUCGAAUGGGAGUGGGAGCGAGAGAGAACGAAAGCGACUGUCGAUCGUUUCGCAGUGCGGCGCGAGGAAGGGGGGAGGGCGCCUCCCCGUCCCGCGCGUGGGUGUGCGUGUGCCCGUGGGAUAGGUACGUCGUCGUCGAGUGACAGAAAGGCGGAAGACGAGAGUGACCCAAACAAAGAUCGUUGUCUUCAUCUCGCCGAGAGAUCGAGCGAGCGAGCGCGAGAUAGUGAUAAAAGAAAGAGGAACGUGGAGGCAGGGGCAAAUGACAGGCGAGAGGUGAGGAUCAAUGUGCCGCGAUGGCUGAGGAGGAGCUGCUGGUCACCCUGUGCCGCGGCGACUCCGGUGGCUCAUUCGGCUUUUCGUUGCUCGGCGCCUCGGCGUCGGCGGGCCUACCGGCCGCCCACGUCAUCUACGAUAUCGUUGAGAAUUCACCGGCGGCCAACAGCGGCAAGGUCGAAGCAGGCGAUGUCAUACUCAGGGUAAAUGAAAUCGAUGUCAACCGAUUCAGUACGAAAGAAGUAUUGAAAUGUUUGCGACUUUCUUCGGAUCCCGUCACUCUAAAACUACGAAGGGAUCCUGCGGUGAAGGCGCACGUUCGUCGUCUUCUUUCUCCUGAACAAACCUCAAAUGAUGAAGACACAGAAUUCUCAAACGCUAUCUUGACGAAUAACCCCAAGAACGUCACAUCUUCGGACAAUGUAGAAAACAAGGAGUUCGGCAAGACGCCGGAAAUGUCUGCGGACUCGUCAAUGCCAGUGGCAACAACGAGAAGCAAUGGCUCGUACAGCGAUGCCUCUCUCUCAUCGGAAUUGGAGGCGCUCUUGCCACCCGUGGACCACUUUAAAGAAGAGGAACGAACCCAAUGGGAACCCCUCUCUGCUGAGAAAUUUCCUCGGCAAAAAAAUACGCCCAGGUUCGAGGCAUACAUGAUGACCGGUGACCUAAUGUUGAACCUCUCGCGCACGCAGCAGAGCAGUAACCUUCUACCCAAGCAGCAUCAACAGCGCAAGAUCGACUCCCUUAGGUACAACCCCAGUCAGCAACAUACUACCACCACCGUCACUACCACCAGUAUCCAUCAUAAUCACAAUCAUCAUCAUCAUCAUCACCAUCACAAUUCUGUACCCAGCAGUCCCAAUGAGACUCAGCUGGCCUAUCAAUAUCACCAUCACCAUCGAGGAAGCACUUACAAAGCUUCCAGUUCGGCCAGCACGUCACCUGUGAGUGCUGCCAGGCGCGACGGAAUGCAAGGCACCUCGGGAACUCUAGUUCAGGUCGAUCCCAACAAGAAUACUCCUUCGAGCUUCGGUUUCGUUCGUACUUCACGAUCGGAGGAUCAUCUACAGUUUCAGAAAGAUCCCUCGAUGAGCGCUGUGGACAUCGACAUCGAUGACGAUGUCACCUCGAGCUUGAAUACGCUGUUAGAUCCAAGGCCGGAAGGCCUGAUGCCGAAUGAACGUAUCGUCUGGACAUACAAUGCACCCGUCAGUUCGCCAGCCGCUUCCUGUUGUCAAAAUGGUGGUUCUUCAUCCUCGUCCUCCUCUUCUUCAUCCUCCUCAACUAGUCCUCAACGUUCUUUAUCUCCCGCCUCUCCCACUUCCGUCUCGUCCUCUGUUAUGUCCUCCAACUCUGGCUCCCGCAGGUUUCCGCUGAUGCAGACAGUUCCUGGAAUCUCCGGCGCUCCGGGAAGUCAUCUCCCGGCUAAUGGUGAUCUCAGCCAAUCAGAAGCCAUCAGCAAUAUGUCUAGCCCGGAUUAUAAUGAUGAAGAAACAAUGGAUAUCCUCAGCGCGAGGGAUAUUAUGAUGGUUAGCGACCCCAGCGAUAGCGAUUCUACCAUCUUGGCAAGUGAACCACCCCAGAGAAGACUGAAGACUAAUCCUCAAGAUGCUGGAGAACAUAGAAUAGUAAUCCAGGUGAAAGGGCCUGAUAAAGAAACUCCAAGAAAUACGAGUCCUAGACAGACGAGAAGGAGAGGGAAUCCCGUCGGAGAAUUAGUGCCGUCUAUUGCAUCCCAAAACUUACAAAGAAAUCAAUCCGGAGUUCCGGGAGUCCCUAACGUCAUUGCAGGAUCUAUGGCACCCGAAUGCGUAGGUUAUCAGGAAUUGAAAGAAUGCGAAGAUGAAAAAGAGGCCCUAACUGGUGGAACGUGUGAUGAGCAGAAGGGACAUGGAGGCGCAUCACCGCCACAGUCAGCAGAUGAAGAAAGCGACAUCGAAAGUCUGCACAGCUUUCACUACAGCCCGAAAGCAGUUGAUCUACCUUCCGCUGUCCGAUUAGCUAAACGCCUCUAUUCUCUGGACGGCUUCAAAAAAUCCGAUGUCUCUAGACAUCUAAGCAAAAACAACGAUUUUAGCAGAGCUGUGGCAGAGGAGUAUUUGCGUUAUUUUAACUUUGAGCGGGAUACAUUGGAUGUAGCUCUCAGAAAAUUUCUCGCUCAAUUCUCUCUGACGGGAGAAACCCAAGAAAGGGAAAGAGUCUUGGUACACUUUUCCAAAAGAUAUCUGGAUUGCAAUCCAGGUAGUUUUAAUUCUCAAGAUGCGGUUCACACAUUAACUUGCGCAAUAAUGCUGCUCAAUACGGAUUUGCAUGGUCAAAAUAUCGGUCGAAAAAUGUCUUGUUCAGAAUUUAUCGAAAAUUUGUCGGAGCUUAAUGACGGCGACAAUUUUCCGCGCGAGGUACUUAAGCAACUCUACAACGCCAUCAAGUCUUUUCCUCUCGAAUGGGCCCUGGAUGAAGAAGGGGAUGAAACCACAAACCAGAUGAUUCAACAGGGUGAUGGUACAACGGCAAUCGCCGGUACCGGAAAUCCGUUCCUCGAUGUGCCAAAUGUAACGGGCGCCACAGAAUUCAAAAAGGGCUACGUUAUGCGGAAAUGUUGUUACGACUCCAACGGCAAGAAAACUCCAUUUGGCAAGCGAGGCUGGAAGAUGUACUAUUGUACACUACGCGAGCUCGUAUUAUAUUUACAUAAAGACGAGCAUGGCUUCCGUAACGACAGCUUACACAACGCCAUUCGUAUUCAUCAUGCACUGGCUACUAAAGCGACUGAUUAUACGAAGAAGCAACAUGUUUUUCGGCUACAGACUGCAGAUCAGGCAGAGUACCUUUUUCAAACGAGUGAUUCGAAGGAGCUGCAAUCGUGGAUAGAUACGAUUAAUUUCGUUUGCGCCAGUUUUUCGUGUCAGCCACUGGCGGGUGCUGUUGGUUCUCAACGCAAAUUUCAGCGUCCGUUGCUGCCGUGUAGCCACACUAAAUUAAAUUCCAGAGAGCAGUUACGGGACCAUGAGGAUAGGGUUAGCAGAUUGGAGGCGGAAUUGGAUGAGCACAGACGACAUCCUCCGGAAAGAGGCACGAAAGCUCUUACUGUACAGAAUUAUAAGGAGAAGGACGCAUAUUUGCAUUAUGAGCUGAAGCGGUACAAGAUGUAUGCUUACCUACUCCGUUCCCGACUGGCAUUCAACGAAGUGGAGCCAUCAUCGUUAGUAGAGAGCAGUAUUGGCGAGGUGGACGAAGGCGCUCUUCUCGGAUCUUCUGGGGCCAUAAUAAAUACGGAAGGGGCUCUAGUGCCGCCACCGGUUCCGGAACGGUCGACAGCAGCCAAUAGGUAUAGUUAUCGGACCGCCAUUUACAGCGGCGGUGGCGGCAGUGGUCGCAAUUUGUUGAACGGUGGUCAUCAAGACUAUGAUGCAGCCGGUGGUAACAUUGGUUGACGCGAUGCUUUCGGUUUGUGCGAAUUAGUCUGAUUCCGGUGCUGGUGCGGGUGCUGGUGUUGGUGAUGCUGAUGCUGAUGCUGAUGCUGAUGCUGAUGCUGAUGCUGAUGCUGACGUUGAUAGUGACUAACGAUAAAUAAGAGUGACGCAAACUAACGAUAUAUCUCACAGCACAUCGCGCAUAUUUUAACGGUAUAUUAAGUGAUACCAUACUCAGUGGCGCUACUAAAUUAUACUAAACUACUGAAUGAUAAUUAAAUCAUACUAAACUGAGAUUUCAAAAGAGUUAAUAUCGAA